UUCCAAUCGCAUUGCAGUCAUUGCACUCUGCAGUAAAUUAAGAAAGUAAAGGAUCUUGUCUAUGGUACACCCCGGUUGACAUUUUAUAAUUUUCGCGAGAUUUUUCCGAUUCUACAAAUUUUCAGCCAUCUGUGUUCUAUUUUAAGACUAAUGACUGAUAAGAGUUUCAUGAAUUCCUGUAUUAUUUUCUGGUGUGUCAUGUGUGUAGUCAGCGUGUGUAAAGCGUCGGUAUGAAAGUUCUAUGAAUAGUGUGGAGGUAGCUUCCUGAGGGUUGUGGUUGGGACAGUCUGGUAAUAUGCAAUGGAUAUACAAGGGUUGGAAGAGGCGAUGGCUGUGGGUACUGUUAGUGGCAGCGUUAUGCCCGCUGGUCUUAGCCCAGAAGAUCGGUGACCCGUACGAGAUCCUCGGGAUCUCCCGUCGAGCGACACUUGUAGAAAUCCGCAAAGCUUACAGGCAAAAAGCUAAAGAAUGGCAUCCUGACAAAAACCUUCACCCAAAUGCAGAAUCCCGCUUUGUGGAAAUCAAGCAGGCAUAUGAGCUACUCUCGGACACGGAGCGCCGGCAAGCUUAUGACCAGUAUGGUAUCACAAAUGAAGAUGAACACCUCUACAAACAGAGACAUGACUACAGCACUUAUUCUCGGUUCAGCACUGACCCAUUCGAAGAGUUCUUUGGAAACCACUUCAGAACUCAGGACCAAGACAUCACAUUAUUUCAUAAGCUUUCAGUCACUGCUAAGCAUUUCGAAAACAACAUAAUGGAGAAAUCGGUCCACACACCCGCGCUUGUCCUCUUUUACACCGACUGGUGUUUCGACUGCGUGCGGGCGGCGGCCUUCUGGCGGCGGCUCGUGGAGGCGCUGCAGCCGCUCGGUGUGACGGCGGCCACGGUGCACGCUGGCCAUGAAGCGAGCUUAGUCAGAAGAAUCGGCGUGCAUGGCGUGCCGUGUCUUACCCUGGUUCUGCAACAACAUGUGUAUAUUUAUAAGGAGAGUUUGAGCUCCAUUCCGAAGAUAUUGGAUUGGAUACGCUGGAAGUUCCCCUACAAGCUCGUCCCCCGAGUGACUGACUCCUCCCUGACCGGCUGGCUGGGAGACUUCGAAGACAACAAGGUCAAAGCCCUGAUCUUUGAAGAGCAGCCUACCAUGCGCCUGCGAUAUCUGCUCACUGCGUUCCAUUAUAGAGACCGAGUUUCUUUUGGUUUCGUCGCAAUGACAGCACGUGACUCCACCAACGUGACCUCGCGCUAUAAAGUCCAGCGACACAUCGACACCAUGGUGUUGCUGAAGGAGGACAGUCCAGAACCGGCGGCCACCGUCAGCACCACAGAAAUACCCACUAAAACGCUACGGGAACUGAUCGAGGCAAAUCAGUUGCUGACGCUUCCGAGGCUGUCUUCGCAGGCGGUACUCGAGCACGUAUGCCCCAUAGAGUGGCGGCCUCACCGCCGCCGCCUGUGCUGCGUGCUGCUGUGCUCGGCCGGCGCGGCGGCCGGCGCGGCGCGCGCGGAGCUGCGGCGGCUGGCGAGAGCGGCGCCUGAGAGACUACACUACGCAUAUGUUUAUAUGCACGCGCAGCCCAACUUCGUGCAAGCGCUCGCUAACGGCUCGGGUAGCGACACAUCUCAAAUGGAGCAUCGUGUAGUCAUCCUUUGGCGCCGCGAAGCAACCCGAAUACAAUACGAAUGGCUCAACGAAACCUGGCCCGUAUGUUCCAACGGGCACUGUGACGACUUCAGUGAACCCGCCAAUGUGGUGUAUCAAACUAGGCUGAACGAGACGAAACGGGCUUUGGAACAGCUGGUCAAGAGAUUGUUGAAGCCGACUGAAGUGAUGGCGUAUGAAGCACAUGUUCAGGACUUACUGGACGAAGCAGCCCGGGGUCCGCUAUGGCGCGCGAUGCUGCUCAUAUGCGAGUGGGCGGAGCGCGCGGCCGUCGCUUUACGGACACAGAAGGCUGUAUCCCUCGCCUCUGUACUAGGGACUGUGGCCGUUGUGUUGGCGGCGGGUUACCUGAUGGCGUACCUCAUCCGCGUCGAAGAAGAGUCAGUCCAACGGCAGCGAAGCGAGCGGCGCCGGCAAAACGGCACCGUCAAGAAAAACAACAACGAACCGCAGUCCGAGCUGCGGCUACACGAGCUGAGGUCCGAGAAGUACAACGGACUCGUACGAUUGCUGAAACCUGGUUGCCGCACCAUCGUGCUCCUCGUCGACAUGCAGAGCCGCGUGCAGCUACUAUCCAAGUUCCACAAGAUCGUGUGGCCGUACCGCAAAAACAAAACGCUCCUCUUCGCGUAUCUCCAAGUGGAGCGAAACAUCGACUGGUUCCGCCGCGUACUACAACUAUCUCUGGGAGGGCAAGAGUUGCGAGUGAACGCUAGGAACUGUGUGGGGACAGUACUGGCGCUCAACCCGCACCGGAACUACUUCUGCAUAUACCACGCCAAGCAUCCAGAGGGCGCCAAGCCUCACAAGAGGAUGUCCCGAAUGACGCGGUCGCUGGGCGCCUCCGCGGACCCCGAGGCGGGCGCGUUCAUCGGCUUCACUGAACGGGACUCCAGCUCCGAUGAGGCACCGCCGUCUCCAUUACUGGAAGAAAAUCUGCUAGACGGUCUGGAGAACUGGCUCGACCGUCUGUUCGAAGGCAGCACACACCGCUACUACAUCAACUACUGGCCCGACAUGACCUCCAAGUGAACGCAGCUCUGCCAGUAUUACUUACCUACUAUACAUCCAAGGGUACAAGCUACGCUUGAACGCAGAUCUUCGAGUUAAGUAACUUUUUUAUGGAUAUAAACAGACCACACCAAUAAUACCGUAGUUCACAGUUGUACCAAUUUCGGCAAAAAUGAUGUUGUAAUUAGUACAAUACUGUAUAAACAAGGUCUUUAUUACAACCAUUAUUUUAUUAGUACUAUUAUGAACUAGGGUGACGAAUAUAAAAGUUGUAUGAUGUCGUUAAGUGAGGUAAUUGGGUUACUAAGGAUAACUUUAAACUUGAAAAUUGACCCUAAGACUGGUAAAUCUCAUUUCUGAAAUUGUGACAAGUUUUGUCUAAUGUCAUCCCCAGAUACCUUACUUGACUAAAGUAAAAAUCUGAAAUAAAAAUAAGUAUCAUGUCACGAAUAUGGAAAAUGUUAAUCUGUGCUCAAUGCUUGUGAGCUACGCGGUUAUACGUUAGUUCCCUAAUACAUUCAGAACUGACGUUUAGGAGUUUAUGUGAGAGCAUUCUGGAAUGAAAUUUGAAAUAUUCUAGUAUUAUCGAACGUUUUAUAGGCAUUGGUCCCACCAGCGAGUAAGCGAUGAGUCAUCGGCUAUAAAAAUAAACAAAAAAUAGUCGCUCCCGUGUAAACAAAAGAGAGAGCGAGCAUUUUACAGUUCAUCGUUCAGCUGCGAAAUAUAACUUUCUUGCGCUAUCAUCGCAUCUCUUUCAUUUCCACGAAAGCGACUAUCUUUUGUUCGUUUCUAACGCCGACAGCUCAUCGCUUACUCGUUUUGGUGGGACCAUGACAUAAGCGAGUUAUAGCGUACUGUAGAAAUUCACUAAGAAGACUAAAUAGCUCACUGAAACUUAGAAUGGCAAGUGAAAGUAAUGAUAUAAGUAAGAUGGCUGCCAUAUACGCUAAGUAUUGUCAUUUAAAUGUAUUUAUAACAUGGUUUUUAAAGAGCGUGAUAUUACGAGUCCAAAUAGGCUAAAUAUCGAUAACUGAUCAUUCGAAUCACCUGAUUUCCUUAUCGAAUCAUUAAAAGCAUUUUCUUGCUAGUAGUGUUAAAUAAUACCAUAACAUAACUAUAGUUCGACAUAAAGUAGUAGAAAUAUAAAAUAGACCAUAAACAAUCUCCAUACAAAAUUGUUGCCAUAUUGUUGCCGUGAUUGUAACGUUGAAAAUGGCGUCUUAAUUUAAUUUAUCUUAUUUUAUGUCGUACUGUAUAAAACCCAUCAAAUAUUUCGUGGGAUGCUAAUUACAAUUUGGUGUCGUGACCAGGAUAUUACAGUUUAGUUCCAUGAACUUUAUUAGACCUUAAUUCAUUGAAACAAGGUUUAUUAUAAGUCAAAUUUUGUUAUAUGGAAAUUUUGUACGGUCGACUACAAAGAGAUGUAUACACUUUUUCACCUUAUUGCAUUGUAAUAAGGUGAAAAAAUGGAUACAUCUCUUUGUAGUCGACUGUAUCAUCGGCUAGCUAAUACUUUGUAUAUAAAUGGACUUGUAGUAUCAUGCAAUCCUGAACUAGUAUAGUACAUUGUGUAUUGACCCGAUAUCUCUCUUCGCACUUUUAUAAAGUUAGCUUUAUUUUAGCUACUUCGUCUCACCAUAACUAGCGUUUUACAAUAUAAGUACAAUGUAGUCGAAGUGUUAUCAAUUUUAUAAAGUAUACCGCGGAAAAUUAAACAUUGAGAAAAAAGAGUAGAAACAGUAGGGGGUAACGGGUAACGCACGUCGAAACACUGUUAUGUACUAAGUGCCAUUAUUUAAUUACAAAUUAUUUAUAUUUUAAUGUUUUACGUUAUGGUUAAAUUGUGAACAGCUGUUAAAUUAACCGUGGUUAAUAUCAAUCAGUUGAAAAUGUAUCAGUAUUAGUAAAAAAGUAUCAGAAUGUAAAAGUCACAAAAGAACUAAACACAAAGACAGUCUUUAACACGUUCACGAACGGCUAGUGACGUCAUCUGUCAUAGACCAAAGGAAACAAAUGACUACGCGUAUGCUACCUCUAUAGCAUACGUGUCCACGAAUGUGUUAAAAAGGAAUUUAAUAAAAUCGAUAAUGCCAUAAUAGAUAAAGGACAAACAAUCUAGUCAUUUUUAAAUAGGUAUAUGUACCUAUUGGCUGCCAAUAUUGCGUGAAAUAUAUACUAUUUUAGAUUCACAGCUUAUGUAAUUUUUAAUUUUAAAAUAUUGCGGUAAAAAACCGGGUCCCCUACUCGCGAUAAGCAUCGUUAAUAAGUAUUAGGGUAAAUGUGCCUAUUGUUGGCUCUCCAUCUCAGAAAAUUGUCAUGGGUGGAUUUUGAAACCAAAAUCAUAUUGUUGUGGUUAUUAGGUACAUUCUAUGGUAACUUUUAUACCGUGUUUUGUCUUACGCCUUAAAAACACGCUUGGUUGUUAUACCGUCACAUACGAAUGUAUGCCAUAUAGUCGAUAUACACUGCACUUCGUGAUAAGUAUCUACUGAUUUUAAAUUAAUUACCUACGUAAGCAAAUAGCAACAAUGUAGACUCGUAGAUAAAGUAAGUUAGAUCAGGUUUAUAAGAUUUUUUAACUCGACAUAAAACACGUAACAUUAUGGUUCAGUACAGUCGUCUUCAUAAAUAAAAUACAAAGGAUUCUUGAUAUAUGUACGCGAAUUAAGAAAUCUUGCUAAUAAAUUAGUGUUCAGAUAUCUAUGACCAGCUCUGAUAAUUAACAUCAAAACGGGACGAAAAUUGUUUGUAAUGUUUUGCUAACCCUUUGACGACUGUGCUAAGAUCAUUUAACACGUUCGGUGCCGGUGACACAAGGUCUGUGAUCAAAACAACAGUGACACGCAUGAGUGUUCAAACAUAAUUACCGCCCUAUGCCGGCGACACAGCAGUUGUGUUCAAAACGUUCAUAUUUCUAUACUGCUGGCAUAGAAGUAAGAAGUUGACUUAUGCCAGUGGCAUAGGAAUGAGAAUUUAGUAAUUUCUACCGGCAUAGUGUAGGCUUUUAGUAAAACAGUGCCGGACACGAAUGUGUUAAAACCAUAUUUUAGAAAUUCACGUUCCCAGUAAGAUCGUAUUUGGUGCUAGUCUUACAUUUGGAAGGCACCGUUUUGCAAUUUUGAAUAACUAGCUUAAUAAUAGAUUAUGCUGUUAGGUUUUAUUGAUAAGGUUAUAACGGAUUUACGUCUGUGUAGUUCUGUCAAAACGAUGUUAUGGUGCCAGUCUGGUCACCAAGUUACUUUUCAAAAAUAGUUUUUGCCUUACUCCCUUUAUACCUACAUGUUUUAUAUCACAUUUCUACGUUUUUCCUUGUCUUAACGGAUCCUAUGAAAAUAAGAACCGCUCAUAUAAAGAUUUACCUUUCUCAGGACGCCAUCACAGGGCUAAGUUAUGAUAUUUAAAAGAAAUAUUACAUACAUUAAUACAUCGAGUUCGGCGAUAUGUUUUGAAUCAUUUGGAGACUCGUCAUCAGGCAUGAGUGCUCACUGCGGCUAGACUCCGUGGCCAUAUCCGUAUAUUUGAAUGUGUCUUACGAAAGUUUAACAUAUAUACAUUCCAACAAUUGUUGCAACGACGCGUAGAAUGGGUUAUAAUAUCGAGCUACCAAACAUGUAUGGUUAAUUUCGAGAAUUAAAUACAUUUGUGUGAAUUUUUUGUAAAAACGUCCCAUUUUGUUGCUUACCAAAAAUACAAAAUUUGUUUGUAUCUUUAUAUGAAUAAACUGACAAAGCGGCUUUAUAGCAAUCGACAAAGUGGGACCAUUUACUAAACUCACUCAUAUUUACUGAUUAUUUGACACAGCCUUCUCCAAUUUAGUCUUUUAAGAUUAUAAAUUAGAGUUGAUUAAAGAUAAAUUAAGUUAUUUUGGUGUCAAUCGUAAUUAUUUAAUUGAAAUUAUGCUUGGUAUCUGCAAUCUCAAUGUUAAAUGACUCAUGUUACAGGUGGAUUCACAAGAGCUGACACGAACGAAAUAAGUGAAUGAAAAUAUCUAUGUGUAUGCAACCAAUAAAAUUGUGUCUAUGACUAUACAGUGUAUAAAGUGACAAUCAUACAAUGAAAGUAUCGCUUAUUCCGUUCCUGUCGGCUUUCACGAAUCAAUCUGUACUUCCUAUGUGUUCCAUAAAAGUGAUCAUAGACUUUGGCUAGCGAAUCAUGUCGCUAUUUUCACCAUAUGAGCAAAGUUGAUCUCAGGCUCUUCCCUAUUUCAGUCGCAUUUAUCUGACCGAAACUCGUGUAUAAAAAUGUUAACCUUUCUGUAUUUUUUUUAUUUAAAUUGCGGCGCUAUGGGAGUUCGCCAGGCCAGUACAUGAGCCAAAAAAAAAAUGGCUCAUGAGCCAUUAUUUUUAUCUGCAUGUAGCUAUAAACGAGCUUUGAUUUUAAUUUUAUUAUAAACCGCAUUUUUUGUGUCAUGACUCGCUGGUCAAAGUCCAUUGUCUAAGCAUUCAUAAGCUGGGUUUAGACGUGCACGUUAUUGCUGCAAGUUUUGAGACGCAACUAUAGGUAAGAGUGAGUGGCAAAUAUCUGCAUCUCUAUCUUGCGUAUACUUCUGUUUCAAAACUUGCUGCAAUACUUGCACGUCUAAACUCAGCUAUACAAACAUCUAGUAAUACUUAUUUUAAGCUAUACUUCUUUCCUUAAAAAAUAAUAUAAGUUGUUUAUCUCAUAGCUAUUGCUUAGAGAAUAUUUUCAUCGAUUAGUAUUCAAAAGUAUUAAGCUCUCUAUUCUUGCCUGCACCGUUAUUUAUAAACACGGGUGUACCAUGCUAGUCAAAAGAUUUAUACCAAAUAUUAUUUAUUAGCGAAUAAUAGGAUUGUAAUAUGUCUGAAGCCAGGCAAACUAAUAAUUGUAAUGUACCCAUAGUCCAUACGCGGAUGUUGAAAAGUUGAAUUAGGCUUGCAUUUUAUCGCAAGCUUCGAGACUCGAGACACAUAUCGUCACUACUUUUUAAAAAACUUGUAUCUUCGUCUGUCAAUGAAAAGAAAAUUGUAGUGAGUAUGUAUGGAAUGCAUAUAGACUUACUGCGUUUUAACUUUGAGGAGAAGCAUGAGAUACGA